AUGCCGUUCGGCGAGAAACUCGGGCGUCCGUUCGAGAUGCUGUCGCUCCUCAGCCGCCGACCGCGCAAGGACGAGUCGAUGCUCGAGCCGCACGAGCGCCUCACGGGCGCUUCGGCCCGCGCGUACGCAAACGCCACUAGCUCUGCGUCUUCGGGCGUCGCCUACCACACACCGGGCUACGGCCACGCGAGGCGCUACACGAGCGCAUCGUCAUCGGCCCAUGCGGCCGCCCCCGCCCUCGCGCCCCCCACGACGGCCUCUACCAGCAGUAGCCGUCACCACCCGACCGGCACGAGCACAAACCGUAGCAGCAGUAGCCACAGUGGCCACAGUGGCCACAGUAGUCACACCAGUCAGUUCUACCCCGUUGUCAAGUACGAGCGCCUCACGCGCGCGCCGCUGUCGUCGCCGCCCGUCGUGCAGUACGAGCGCCUGACGACCGCCACUGCGGUCGCGUCGGCGCCGCUGUCGACGGCCGGCAGCCACUCGCCGUCGCCGCUCGACUACGGCCUCGUCGCGCGCGAAGCGGCGUUCCCGAGCCCCGACCUCGUGCCGGUGGCCGCCGUCGGGUCGCGUGCGUUCCGGUCGGCGCCGGCGGCCGUGUUGGCGUCGCUGCCGUCGCCGGGAAUGCUCACGCCGCUGCCACUGGGCGUAUCGGCGUCCGGCCGGCCGAGUCCCGUGCCUGAGAGCGCCGUGCGGGGCGUCCGGCCGCCACGCGCGACCACGACAACCGCAGCAGCAGCAGCCAAAGGCCCAACAACGACAACAACGACGUCACUGUCGUCGUCGUCGUCGUCGGUGUCGGCCGCGCCGUUUUCGUCCGUGAUGGAGGAGUGGAUGAGCCAACUGAGUACUCCGACGCCGGACGUGACGCUGCUGCCGUCGCCGUUCGACUUUAACAAGGACACGCCGACGCCUAUGGACACCAACAGUAUGGACCUGCGGCGGUUGCAGGACGCGCUGCUGCCGACGCCGCCGCCCGACGUCCACGAUCAGCGGCAGCACCCCAAGACGUCGGCCUACGUGACGACGCGCGGGCCGCGGCCGCUGCUCGAAGACAUUGCGUCGCUCUGUCGCGACCUCAACUCGCAGGACGUGUUUGGCGCGGCCAAAGGCCGAGUGCCGACCGCCAGCGGUCCGCUCGAAGUCAAGUACACGUCCGUGUCGGCCCGACCGCCGCGGACGCGCGAGGAGAGCAGCGCCGGCGGCUUUGCAGACGACGCGGGCGACGGCCAAGCGCAGAUGUUGGCGGCGGCCACGGCCCUCAGCAGUGUGUCUGCGCUAAACGGCAGUGGGACGUCGCCGCUGUCGGCCGCCGCCGCCUGUGCGUACGCCUUCGGCGCGAAGCACAAGCGCCGCAAGAUCUGCACGGCCGCCGGCUGUCAGAACCUCUCGCGGUCCCGCGGGCUGUGCAAAGCGCACGGCGGCGGCCGCCGGUGCAGCGUCGACGGCUGCUCGCGCGCGAGUCAGAGCGGCAGUCUGUGCAUCACGCACGGAGGCGGCAAGCGCUGCACGGUCGAGGGCUGUCUGAAGGCCGCGCAGUCGCGUGGCAUGUGCAAAGCGCACGGUGGGGGCGUGCGGUGUCGGGUCGACGGCUGCGCCAAGAGCUCGCAGGGCGACGGGUUCUGCCGGUCCCACGGCGGCGGCCGACGGUGCGGCCACCCGAGUGGGUGCUCCAAGUGGGCCCAGCGCAAUGGCAUGUGCAUGGCGCAUAGCGAAGGCAAGUACGGCAACAGCUACCGGGGCCGCCAGCAUCGGCUGGAAAAGGGCGAGCCAGGGUUCAUGCAGCAGACGUGA